AUGCCUUUAUGUGAAAAAUGUUUGCAAGGCUAUUGGGCAUUUCCAGAAUGUAGAGAAUGUGAUUGUCAACAAAGUGGAACUACAGAUGAUGUUUGUGAUGAUAGAACUUCAAGAUGUCUUUGCAAAAAGAAUUUAUUAAGUGGAGGUCGUUGUGAUCGUUGUAGACCUGGAACUUUUGAUCUUCGAAAAUCUGACCCUGAUGGAUGUUCUGAAUGUUUCUGUUUUCGAGUAACAGAUCGUUGUCGUUCGUCAAAUUGGCCAAUUCGAGGACUUAGAGUUUCUGAUAAAGAUUGGAAAGUAGAUGAUCCAAAUGGGACAGUUUUGAGUGAUGAAUUUGGAAGAAUUAUUUAUGAGGCUGGAAAAGAAUUUAAUGAAGGAGAAAAGGAAGAAAAACAAACUUCAGUUUAUUUUGAAGUAGAUUUACAGCCUGGAGUUGAUUAUACACGAAUGUACGGAUUACAUCUCUCUUUUGCUAUUUCAAGCUUCCCAAGAGAUGAUAGACCAAGACCAAAUAUGAAGGCUGACGUUCGUUUGAUUGCUGGAAAUACAGUACUUGAGUAUUGGGCAACAGAGCAACCAAGAAAUGCCAGUCAACGCUUCAAUGUUGUUGUAACUCUUUUUCCAGAAUUUUGGCUUGAAUUACAGGGAGUUCCAGCAAAUCGUGCUCAAUUAAUGUUAGCACUUCUUCGUCUUCAACGAAUUCAAGUUAAGGCAUCCUACUAUGAAAGACCGAGUAAAGCAAUUCUUGAACAUUUUCAACUGGAAAUGGCUGAUACUGGCGCUCCAACAACGGAUGAGAAUGGAAUAGAUAGACCAAUGGCAUCUUCUGUUGAAUUAUGUGAAUGUCCAUCAGCAUAUUCUGGUCCUUCAUGCCAAGAAUGUGCACCUGGUUAUUAUAGACUUCCAAUACAAUCUGGUCAAUUACUUGGAUCUUGUGUUCCUUGCAAAUGUAAUGGGCAUUCUGGAAGUUGUGAUCCUUCUACAGGAGUUUGUCUUAAUUGCCAACAUAAUACUGAGGGAGAACAUUGUGAAUAUUGCCGUGAAGGUUUUUAUGGAAAUGCAACAACUGGAAGUGCUGCUGCUUGUUUAAGGUUAGAAAAAAGGAUAAAAUGA